UUCGGUAGCCAGCGAACGAAGAGAGCGCCUCCCUCCCAAGAGAGGUCUUCUUUCCGAGCGCGACUGCUUCCUAGCCGCCGCCACUACUGCCGGCCCUCCGCCGCGGCGCGCCCAGCCGGCCGAAGCCUACGCGCUGCCACGCCGCCGGUAUAGGAUCCCAGCAGCGCCUCCCUCCCUGGAGCAGCCGCCGCUCCCACACAUCAACGCCGCCGCCCAGUGCAUAGGCAGGCCACACUAGGUUCAAGAGAAAGCAGAAUCAGGGAUGGUGGCACUUCGAUAUGCGGCGAGGACACUUGGUCGGUUCGCGCUCCGAAGACCACAGGGGUUCGGCAUCUCAUCGACUGCAGCGGAGGAUCAACAGCGGUUCCUGCCACGGCUCAUCAACACAAAUGGCCUCACAGCUGAGCAACAAAAAGAUGUUGCAAGCCGCCUAGUGCAAAUCGAUGGGAAGAAAGAGGAGCUGUACAAUAUGAUUUCUGGCCUUGAAAGGAGCUACAACGUUAGUGGCAAGAUAGUCCGGCAAAAUGGUCAGCUGGCGCGUCAUCUUGCUGUACUCAAUGACCCUUACUGGCGUUUGCAUUCAAGAUCACAAAGAAUUAUGGACUGCAUACAUUUUAUGGGGGGCUGUUGUUUAGGCCCUGUGAUUGUGAGUGGUUUUGCCUGGUGGAUGACAGAGGCACAUGCAGAAGAAAAAGAUGACAGUCUUGGAUGAACAAGCAAAAACAGUGAAGUACUCCCUCUGUUUCUUUUUUACUCCGCAUAUUAGGUUUGUCUUAAGUCAAACUUAGUAAAGUUGGACCAAAUUUAUUUUAAAAACUAUCUGCAUCUACAAUAUCAAAUAGAUACAAUAUGAAAAUAUACUCGAUGAUAUAAUUGUAUUUAUUUGAUACUGUGAAUGUUGGUAUUUUUAGUAUAAACUUGGUCAAACUUUUGAAGGUUUGACUUAAGACAAACCUAAUGUGCGGAGUAAAAAUAAACAGAGGGAGUAUGUCUUAUCUGACGGAGGAGUAAAGGUUCAAACUUCGGAAUUGUAUAUGAAUGCUGACACUUGUAUGCACCUAUUAAUGGAUGAUUACUUUGAUGAUCUAUCACUAAGUUAUUUUA